UUUCGAUCGUCGAUUGUCGCUGGAAGAUCCCACUCAAUCCCAACGCCCUCCAUCCAGUUCGCUCGCCUCGACGCCCCCCUGGUCGGGUAGGACUACUGGCAUCGGGGCGCCGGCAGCAGCCCAGAUACUGCAUUAUGACGGCCAGACGCAACGUUCCUUAUUCUGUUCUUCCCACAGAGGACAAGGAUGAAGACAAUGUUGAUCGUCGGUUCACAUACACUCCAGAAUCCUUGAGGAGGAUCCCCUGGAAGUCAAUUGCCCUAGCAUUGUUCCUCCUCCUCCUAGGAAGCUCUCUUCUGUUCCUUUCAUAUUUUAUAUCCACAGGUCACAUGGAAGGUGACAGCUCUCAGGUGUAUGGUUUACUGUUCCUGGGUAUCCUGGCCUUUCUUCCUGGAUUUUAUGAGACUCGAGUUGCUUACUAUUCAUGGAGAGAAGCACCAGGGUACACAUUUGCAUCCAUUCCAGAUUAUUAAGCCUUCGAUUUUAACUCAUCAACUGGGCCGUAAAGAUAUUGAACACCAAGGACAAAAACAUGAAACUUCGUGGAGAACCAGAUGAGCACUUAGUGUUAGUACUGUAAACAGUUAACAUGUAGAUGAAUUCACCUUAUGAUUACUGUGUCACAUAAUGUGUUGCUUCAUCAGGGAAGCAAGACAAGAAUAAUUUACAUUUGCUGCAGAGCUAAAGCUACUUU